UCUAAUCAAGCUGGGUGCCUUUAGAUUUCUUCCCAGUUGAAGCUGGAUCAUUGGCAUAAGCAAAAGCUAUGUCAAAAAACAACAAUGGCGGACCGUGUGUUCAACGAAAUCAGGAAUAUACUUACGAUCCAGUGAGAUCUUUAAAUCGGAUGGUGUCGGAGCCUUACUACCUAUUUCACUUGCUCGUUUUCUUCUCCUACAUCCCUAUUCGAUUCUCCGCUUCUCAGCUCCUCUCUCCUGCUCGCAACUCUUUCCUUCUUAAACGAGAAAUUCAAGUGUUUGUUGCAUACUGCGUCUUGGCUGUUGUGAAGAUUGUAAAGACAGAAAGCUGGGAAUCCUUCAUUCAUGAUACUUUAUUUUUUGCUAAGAUUUUCCUUACCGCCAUUGCUUUAGUUUUGGAUUAUCACUUGGCACUCUGGUACACAUUGGCAUUUUUAGUUAUACACAUUAUAGCGCAGCAGCCUCCAUAUGAAGGACUAGGUUCUUCAAAUCAUUUGACACCAUUGCAGUUGGAGACUUUGCUUACUGAAGGGAAUACAUCACGCUUUUGGCUGGUCGAAUUUCGUGCUUUCUCCACACCGGCUUGUGUAUGCACAAGUUCCUUUUUUCCAGAACUCUCAAUAACAUACUCAAACGCAAAUUUAUCUUUUGGGACUGUUGAUAUGGGACUCUUCCCUAAUGCUGCUGAAAAAUUUGGCAUUCCUCUUGGAAGCUUGAACCAACUUCCAGUGUACAUUCUAUUUGAGAAUGCUAUAGAGGUUGCACGCUUUCCAGAGUUUGAUUCUGAGCCAUAUGUUUUUGGUCCUACCAUUACAAAGAAACUUCUUUGUGGCCGUUUUGAGCUUGACAAAAGACUUCUGGAUUAUGUAAAUGGAAAAUAGGUCAAACAUGAACAGUAUUUGCUGUCUUCCUUUUGUUUCAUCUGGGCGCUUGGGCUUUUGAUCUUCCAACCCCAAUAGAAGAUGUUAUUCAUUCUCAUUCGGUUUCUCAAGCUACUUAAUCGCUUCUGUUCUUCCUUCAAAUUUCCUGUCAAAACUAUAGGCAAACAUGUUAAGGGUGCUGGAUCAGAGAUAUGAUCCAUACUUGUGAGGAAACUGUCUUUUCGUUUUCCUUUUCUUGACAUAGUUAAAAGAAGAAAAUGAGAACCUAAUUUUGCUGCAUUCAUUAGGUCACUGGUUUUGGAUUUGUAGACUGCAGUCCAAAUAGUGCCUUUUUGACCACAGGGAAACAAUUUAUUUUCCUCAGUUUUUCAAGUUCCUUUUAUUCGGCUGCA